AUGCUUCGCCUCAUCCGCUCGCCGACCUUCCAGCGUCAACUAGCAGCUCGCGGCAUCGCCUCCUCCCGCCCGCUGCUGAUUGGCCUCCAGACAACCAGGCCACCGCUCACGAGCCUCAACAAUGCCGCCGCCAGUGCGAAUCUGGACCUAAAUGGGACGCUGGAGGAAAUGGCGGCUAGACACUUCUCCGAAGCCUCGGCUUUUCCCGAGCUCUCGCCCACGGAGGACACGCUGCUGGGUCAGGCAGUGCCUCUAAUUCCGAUGAAAAUGCCUGUAGUGGAUGCUCACGCUCUGGCUGAGGAGGAGCUCACGGCCGAGAUCCAGCAGCACUUCUGCGAGUCCUCGGACUUCCCGGAAUACACGCCCGCCGAGGAGGAGGCCAUGUUGCACAAGGUGGUGGAUAUGGCCCCCGAUUAA